AUGGCGUGGGUUACGGUCAACAGAACUGUCUCGGAGGCAUUCGCAGUGACCGACGGAGUGAAGCAGGGCUGCUUCCUCGCUCCUGCCCUCUCCAGUCUCCUCUUCACUGUCAUGCUAAUGGACGCCUACCGUGACGGACGCCCUAGGGUCCGCAUUGCCCACAGGACAGACAGCCAACUCCUCAACCACCAGCGGAUGCACUUUCAGUCGAGUGUAUUCACAGCGACCGUGUACGAACUUCCCUUCGCCGACGACUGCACACUGAAGGCCACCUCUGAAGGGGACCUGCAAAGGAGCAUGGAUAUCCUCAUCGCCGCCGCCUGCGACAACUCCGGCCAGGUCAUCAACACGGAGAAAACAGUGGUCAUUCAACAACCGCCACCCGACGCUGCGUACGUCGCGCCCCAAGGCAAUGUAAUCGUCGCCCAUCUGAAAGUCGUAGACAACUUCGUAUACGUGGGCACCAGCCUCUCUCGCAACACUAAAAUCGACGAUUAA